AUUCCAUUUCCGUACACAAAUCUUCUCAACUGAUGACGUGUGCAUUGCACAAACAUCCACUUGUUUUCAGUUUAACAAUAAAACCGGACAAAGGUAUUCCUCUAUAGACCGAGAGUAUUUUUUUGUGGAUUGUGUCUUGAAACAUAAAGGAAAAUGGAAACAUUGUACCAUCAAACAAAUAAGCAAAUACAGGAGGUGCAGUCGCUCAUGGGACGCCUGGAGAACACAGAUCGUCCGUCUGUCCACUUGUUGGAGAACGAGCUGCAGGCCAGAAUCGAGCAGAUCUUCAGCCAUUUGGAACGUCUGGAAAUCCUGGCUAGCAAAGAACCGCCAAACCGCCGUCAGAACGCCAAACUGCGGGUAGACCAGCUGAAGUAUGAUGUUCAGCACCUCCAGACGGCGCUGAGGAACUUCCAGCACCGCCGCUACUCACGAGAGACCCAGGACCGAGAGAGGGAGGAGCUCAUGAGUCGUACCUUCACCACCAACGAUGCAGACACCUCCAUUCCCAUAGACGAGACGUUGCAGUUAAACUCCAACCUGAACAACGCACACAGAGGCAUGGACGACCUCCUGGGCAGCGGCAGCAGCAUCCUCACCGGACUCAGGGACCAGAGGGGCACGCUCAAGGGGACCCAUAAGAAGAUGCUGGAUGUGGCCAACAUGCUGGGUCUGUCCAACACGGUGAUGAGGCUGAUCGAGAAGAGGGCCACCCAGGAUAAGUUAAUCAUGAUUGGAGGGAUGCUGCUCACCUGUGUGGUCAUGUUCCUGGUGGUCAAGUACCUGGGCUGACCAUGACCGCAACUGCAACCACAGUUUUGCGUUGGUCUUGGACAUUUUUGCACAAUAAGCCCAUAAGAUACGUGAACGGUGAUAAAUUAGCCUUGUCUUCUAAUCGGAGAGCUCCUUGAAAGUAUUGUUUUCCGAUCGGAAGGCGAGGAAUUAUCCGUCUUUUAAUUUCCAUGGGUUUUGUCACCCACUUCUAUUUCAACCACUCUUUUGCACCAGUAAAAUGGGUGUUAAGGCAAGACAUAUACACUGAGUGUACAACACAUUAAGGAUGCCUUCCUAAUGUUGAGUUGCACCCUUUGCCCUCAGAACAGCCU